AUGGCUGAACCCCAACUGGAUAUGAAGCCCUCAGGUGAAUAUAAACAAGGAGGCUCAAAUCAACAGUCGCCAACUGAUCCAGGUGAUAAUACCAAACCUGAUGACACCUGCCCAGAGCUGGUACUUAAAGUCAGAAUUCAGAGCCACAAAGAAAAUGACUUCAUUGAAGUUGAACUGGAUAGACAAGAGUUGAGUUACCAAAAUCUACUACAAGCAAGCUGCUAUGAACUGGGGAUUAACCCAGAGCAAGUGGAGAAGAUCAGAAAGCUACCAAACACAUUGCUCAGAAAGGACAAAGACAUUCUAAGACUACAGGACUUUCAGGAAGUAGAACUCAUUUUAAUGAAAAAUGGAAGCUCUGCACUGACAGAAUAUACACCAUCUCUGUUAGAGAAGCCCUGCUACAACAGCAAUGCUGCAAAAAUGACGUAUUAA